AAUUAAUUUUCAACCAAAAAGACGGUUUUUAACAAUUCUUCGAGAUGCCCAAUAGUUCGCGUGUCAGGUGGCGCUUUUGGCAAGGUCAAAGAGUGUAUUGUGAAUUGUGUAUUUCAAUUUAAAAUGAAAUUCCAGGGUACAGCUGGGACCAAAUUGAAUUUGAAGUAGAUUUAUUGUGAAAUUUAACGUCCACAAGAUAUAAAGUAUUCAAACUUAAAGUAAUGAAAUGAUAUUGCGUUGUUAUGGAUUUAGAAAUCUACAUAACCUCACUCUUGAUAUGUCAAUAAUUUUCAGAGACGAAAAUGAGUACACUAAUAAAAGAAAAAAAAAUAAAGCGUGGAAAAUUUUGUUGCAUUCCCAAUUGCAGAGUGACACAAUCGGAUUUAUACUUUGGAACGCAUUUUUAUCGUUUUCCAAAAGGACAGUACAGAAUGGAACGCCGCAAACAAUGGAUUUUAGCAAUAGGGAAAAAGAACCCAGAUGGAUCACUUUGGCAGCCAUCUGUAAAUUCGAGAAUUUGCAGUCAACAUUUUGUGGGAAACAAAAAAUCAGAACAUCCCCAUAGCCCCAGUUACAAUCCAACUAUUUUUCCUCCACAAUUUAUCAGUAAGCCUACUGCUCCAAGAAAAAUGGCUGAAAGUAUGGACAGUAAUGAAGACGAGGAAAAUUUUCGGAAAAGGGGAAUCGAUUUGCGCGAGAAUCCUGAAGAAGAGAAACGCGCAAAAAAUACAGGAAAAGCUUAUAUUAAUUGUCAAGGAAAACUGGUACCUGGACGAUCUGUAAAAGAAAUCUGUGUCGAUUCGUCAAAACAUCCAUGUUCCUUAGAUUGUGGAAAAAGAUUAAUUCCCGAAAAUAAGAGAGAGGAUAUUUUUCGAAAUUUUUGGAAUCUACCUAAUCGUCUUCAAAAAUAUGAAUUCGUUUGUCGCCACAUUAGGUUGAUUUCACCGAAACAGAAAAGGUCAAACCCCUUGUCUGGUAAAAAUAGGAAUUACAGCAGAUUAUAUUAUUUGCCAAUAGAUGGUAAACUGGUAAGAGUUUGCAAAAAAACUUUUAUUGCAACCUUAGGCGUUAAUGAACAAUGGCCUAAUUCGUCUUUAAAAAAAUUUGGUCAUCUUUCUACUGCAGAACAAUUGGAUCAAGUAGAAAAUCUGCAGUUAGAAUCUGCUGAUGAAAAUAGUGCGGAAGAAUUUGAGAAGAAGUUUUUUGUGGAUCCAGAAAAGAAAGUUCCAGAUGAGUUCAGUAUGGGCGUAGGUCAAGAAACUGAAGUUACUAAAUUUGCCAUAAAGGAAGAAGUUGUUAUAAAGGAAGAAGUUGCUAUAAAGGAAGAAGUAUUAGAAGAAUGCGAAUUAACCCAAGAAGACGAUCAAUUGGAGGCGAUAUUUUUUAAGGAAGAUCUAAAUUCUCCUAAUCAUUCAGAGAAAAACGAUACAAAUGACGAGAUGGCUGAAUUUGAAGAAAGCAGAAGUGAAGCAUCUGUUAAUGGAGGGAAAAGUUUAAAAAAAGCUUGUGAUAAUUAUUGUUUAUACAACUGCCGCGCAAUUUUAGAAGAGCAGAGGCAACACAUUUUUCAGGAUUUUCAAAAAAUAACGGACAAGUUUGAAAAAUAUCAAUACAUAUCGCGCCUUAUUGAGCAAAGCGAAACUAAAAGUGAAGCUAUUAGCAGAAGAAAAUGUACUCGAAAGUAUUUUUUAGAAAUCAAUGGUGAAUUCAGAAGAGUCUGCCGAAUAAUGUUCAUGGCGACGUUGGAUCUCACCUUUUUCCAGAUCGAAAAAGCUCUCAAACAGUUAGGAGCAAGAGCCGUUAUUUCGGUUGGUGAUAUGAGGGACACUGAAAUAGGUCCAAUUUUAUAGAAAUAACAACUGUUACAGUAAGAAAUUAUUAAUAUUUAUAAAUAAAUUUUAUAUUU